AUGACUUUGUCCGAGAUCAACUUCAUCACGGGGAACAAGAACAAGCUCGCGGAAGUGCGGGCGAUCCUGGGUAGCGUAAUUGAAGUGAAGAACCAGGCCGUCGAUGUCCCCGAGAUACAAGGCUCGAUCGAGGAAAUCGCCCGGGAAAAAUGCAAGCGCGCCGCCGAGGUGGUUGGCGGCCCCGUGUUGACGGAGGAUACGGCGCUCGAGUUUCGGGCCCUUCAGGGCCUCCCCGGGCCGUACAUUAAAUCGUUCCUCGAGGCACUGGGCCAUGAGGGCUUGAACAAGCUUCUUGAUUCGUUUGACGACCGCACCGGCGAGGCAGUGUGCACGUUCGCGUUUUGCCGUGGGCCCGGGUCGGAACCGAUCCUGUUCCAAGGGCGCACUGAAGGUACGAUCGUCCGCCCAAGAGGACCCCCAAAUUUCGGCUGGGAUCCUAUCUUCGAAUAUCAGGGCAAGACCUACGCCGAGAUGGACAAAGAAGCCAAGAUCUCGCACCGGUACAAGGCCUUGGUCAAACUACAGAAGUGGCUGGCCGAAGAGCAGCAGUCUUCCGCCUGA